GCACUUUCCUUCACCACUCUCUGCAGUGCUGAUCAUCGCAUUCGCAGGCAUUUCUACUGUACCCAUAAAAAUUAAAAGAGAGAGAGAGGAAAGGAAAAAGGAUGAGAUUUGGAGCUCUAAGAAGUAUCCUUCGUCCUCUGUCAAGAACCCUAGUCUCUCCUACCUCCACUCACUCCACGACAUCGUUUUUGUCCAUUCCAAAACUCGACUGCCGGUUCGGUCUCGGCGGCUCGUGUCAGAUUCAGUCGAGACAUUUCAGCAUCUUCUCUGAGUCGAACCGUUUUGAUAGCUUAACCGACGGUCGAUUUCCAAAGCGAAGACCUGUUGAUAAGCCUCGUCGUAAAAGAGCAAGCUUGAAACCUCCUGGGCCAUAUGCUUGGGUUAAGCAUGUACCUGGUGAACCUAUUCAAAUAAGUAAUCCUAAUAAAGGUAGUGUCAAGAGAAGGAAUGAGAAAAAAGGCAUUAAGCUGCACCGCGCCUUUAUAAAGGCAGAGGCAAAGAAACGGAAAGCUCAAUUGCAGGAGGCUAAAAAGAGGAAGAUUAUCAAGAGAGUAGAACAUAAGAUGGCUGCAGUGGCUAGGGAUAGGGCUUGGGCCCAAAGAUUGGCAGAGCUUCAGCAGCUGGAGGAAGAGAAGAAAAAAUCCAUGGCUUAGUUUUUAGGGACGCACAUAAUCUAAUGUGCUAUAGUUACUUCUUUCGCUUGUCCAGCACUAGCAUGAUGUUGAAACUAGCUUCGGAAAGUUCCUGAUAUGCUUCUCCUUUUUGCAGUAUUAUUUUUAUUUUGCUGAUUGGGUUAGUCAUUUGAUCUUAGUGGAAUUUGGUCUUUCCACACAUUUGAUAACAUUGUCGAUAUAUGAAUUGAAAAUUUUGAACUGUACGUGGAAGUGCAGGAUUAGAAAAGUGCAUUCAGCAGCUGCAUUGGGUGUGUUUUAGCUGGUUCUCCCUCACAUCCUUUACUCAGUUCCUGUGGACAAGUUAUGUUUUGUUGCUCAGUGAUGUAAUUUUCCUUGCAAGAUAAUAAACUUUUUUUUGUUUU